AUGAGAAAGUCAAUAUCAUCUGGCAGUAUUGCCUCAAAGGGUGGGUCUAGCUAUUUAAAUCAGAGAGGUAUCUAUCAGAGAAGAUUUGGGAUCUCACCACAACCAACAGUUGAAGACAUGAAGAACAAAUCUACAUUAAAACAUCAGGAUUCCAACUCCAAGUUAACAAUGGUAGCAGCUUUUGAUGAUUUAUGUCGAGACUCCAGAGUUUUAAAGGAGAGCUGUGAAUAUGAAUUCAAGAUAUUUGUCAAAAAUCAGGAAGAUUGUAGAAGAAAAUGGAGUGCUGCAGAGCAAAAAGUGGAAGUUUUACAAGAGAAAGUUGGGCAUCUCACAUCAGAAAAUGGUAGACUCCAGACCAUACUUAAACAUUCGAAAUCACAGAUUGACUAUGAGAAACAAAAACGUAAAGAAGUGGAAAUUGAAAGGGAUUUCUUGAAACGACAAGUGAAUAAUAUACAGGAGAUGUUGAACCCUAACAGUGGCAACUCAAUUAGACUUAAUGACCAUGAUCGAGAAAAACUGGCUUUUAUUUCAAUUAAUCACCCUACUUUCUCACAUCAACAAAAAAAAAUGGAGACUAUCUAUGAUGAUGCGUCUGUAUCAGACCUGGAUGAUAUUAGUUAUGAUUUUAGUUAUGACCAUGACAAAUCACGAAGAUUGUCUGAGAAACGACCUGUACCCUCAGCUCCUCCCAUGGAUCAAGAGCAUAUUCCACAUAAACGACAGAGACACGCCUCUGCUGCAAACAAUUCAAUUAUUACUACCACUACUAUAGCUAUAAAUGAACAUGGUACUCCUGAAUAUGCUGAGACUAACAUUCAAGUACCCAAACUAAAUAAAAGUUUUAGUGAGUCUGCAUUGAAUACUCAUGUUGCUCAUGUAAAACAUGACAGAGACAUCGACAGUGAUCCUGAAUCUGAAGAUUCUUUCUGGGGAGCCAGUGAUAGAAAUCGUAACAGAAACAAUAGAUGCACUCCUGAUAGCACACCAAUGAGAAAGUCUAACUCUGCCAGUAAUGGAUUGAAUAGAUUACAUAUCUUUAUAACAGAGAACAAACCAUUUAAACACAAAUCUUGUGCUUGUUGUGGAAUAAAGAUGAAAGGGAAAUUCAUGAAAUGUAAAAACUGUAAAUCAUCAUGUCAUAUUGGAUGUAAAGAUAAAUUGCCUCUACCAUGCUUCCCAUGUACUGUUACCCCUGGUAAAAAGAUGGAAGGAGUUAUCUCAGAUUUCACCUCAGUUGAACCACCGAUGUUACCACCACUUAUUGUACACUGUAUCAAUGAGAUAGAAUCUAGAGGAUUAAAUGAAAAGGGAAUAUAUCGUGUUCCAGGAUCUUCAUCAGAGGUACGACAGUUGAAAGAAAAGUUCUUGAAAGAGAAGGGCAUCCCAACAUUAUCUAAUAUAAGAGAUAUACAUGUAUUAUGUGGAUGUAUUAAAGAUUUUCUACGAGGAUUGAAAGAACCACUUGUUACCUAUGCUUUAUGGCAUGACUUUGUUGCUGCUGCAGAAAAGAGUGAAUCUUAUGCUAGGGAAGAUGCUUUGUAUGAAUGUAUAGACCGUCUACCACAACCCAAUAGAGACACCAUGGCAUUUAUAAUGAUCCAUCUAUUAAGAGUAUCAGAAGCUUCAGCCUGUCAGAUGCCAGCCAGUAAUUUAGCUCGAGUAUUUGGACCAACUAUAGUAGGAUAUUCUAGUCCUGAUUUAAACAUGAACGACAUGAUGGAGACACACAAAAUAAACUUGGUGAUGGAGAAUCUGUUGAGGAUAUCUCAUGAUUACUGGCAGAAAUAUAUGGACGUAGAAAAUAGUUAUAUAUACCCCACAGAGAAAACACCAGGCAGUAUGACUCCUGGACAGGGAGCAUAUGUGAGCCGUCUGGGACCAAUCCUGACACCUGGUUCUUAUGAAGAAUAUCAGAGAAAUACAGUUUUAUCUCAAACACAGAAUACACCAAGACCAUUGAUGCCACCUUUAAGAAUGCCGCCACUACGUUCAUCAUUAAGAAAAUCACAGACACGAGCUCCUCUGGCUGCCUCUGAGAUUAGCUAUUUGUAACACCACCUAUUAGGCUAUAUCUCACUAGGACAGCCGAUUAAUGGAUAGAAGUCGAUUACAAACCAGAAAACCCAGUCAUUUUUUCAACGCUCUGGAUAACUGAAAAAAGACUGAAGGUCUGAAAUUGCCAAUACACUUGUAUAUAUAGAUACUCCAUAUAGAAUCACAUAAUAACGAUUUUUGAUUAGAUGUUGAAGGAUUUAUUUUAGAAUCAGCUGGUGACUAUCAGUGAACAAUUUUUUUGUAUGAUAUAGGCAUUAAGUAUUUAAUAGUGCUAAGAAUUAUUUAGCUAUAUAUAUUUAAAUUCCAAUGAAAAUAUUAUUAGGGAUUGUAAAGAGGUUUUCUAAAAAAAAAUCAUGUGUAUCGGGAACACAUCAAUUUGCACCAUUCUAAUUUUCAGUCAGAUGUCUGCGAUUCCUGCACUUACAAAGCAAUUUAUGAUACAGCAUAUUUUGCAAUAAGUGACAUCAUCAAACGCUAAGUUUAUGUGGAAUUGCAAGAACCAAAGACAUCCAAUUGAAAAUUUUAAUGGUGCAAAUUGAUGCUAUCCAUGUCUUUGAUAAAAUUUCAGAACACCUCUUUACAAGAGUCUCUCUUAGAGUUAUGAGGCAGUAAUUUUGUUUUGUAUCAUAUGAGAUGAAAUUGGUGAUUUAAGAAACUAGUAGUCUGAUUGUUGAUAAAAUCAUCAAAGCAAAGAGACAUGAAGCUUUCUAGAUAUAAGAAUUACUGGCUUGCUUGAUAAAUAAGGCUACUUAAGUCAAACAUUUUUAAACUAUAGAUAAUUUGUUAUUCAUAGAUUUGUUGGAAAACUGUUACAAUUGAAUGCUGUACAUUGCUUGUGUAGUUAUUAUACCAUAUCAGACUUAUAUAUUUAAAUAUAUGAAAGAGAAUACUGAACAAAAUUAUACUUGAACAAAAUUUGAUUUUUUUAAUGUGUAUACAUAUUUGAUUUAAAUUCUGGCAAUUUUUUUUACUGAUCAACUCUUGUAAAUAAAUCAUAUAGAACUUUCUUAUUUACUUAUAUUCACGUCAACUGAAGUACUAAUACUUUUGAUUGCACCAUAUAAGCAAUUCACACUGCAUGUCAAUUAAAUGGAAUUUAUAUUUUGAUUUAGAACAAAAACUUUAGGAAGUGAAUCGACAUAUUUUGACACUUCCAUAGAUAUUCUUUAGUUUUCAUUGCGUUAACAACAGUAUGAAUAGAGUGUUGAAUCCAUGCAUAUUUUACUGAUAGAUCAAAAUUUCUAAUGUCAGUAAAAUGUAUAGAAUUCUACUCCCUGACAUUAUCUCUUCAUACCUUGAGAUAUUUGAUUUCUAUGCAAAUGAAAUUUUAAAUCAGAUGUACAAUAUAAAAAUCUUACUUUGAUAAUAGGGUAAUUAGGAGUAUUUGUAGUAGCUACACCUAUGUGUUAUAAUUUGAAGAAUAGAAUAGAUUGCCAUUCCAUUGUGAGGUUGUGACAGAUAAUUUGUACAGUAUGUAAAAUAGGUAACAUUUUCAUCUGGUUUUCCCUAUCUUCACAUUGUCAGGCUAUCACCACCUUGAGUCAAAUAACUGCCUUUUUUGUGAAAAUAACAAUUUUUGUAUCACGGAAUGCUGCGUUUUGAAUGGAUUGGACUCCAGCGAAUACAGCCAAUCAGAGCCUUCAACAGAAAGAAUGCAGUCCUUUUAGAUUUGUGGCCUGUGGAUUGUGCACCAACUACUGUCGAUCAAAUCACUGCAUUUACAAACUUCCUUGAUACAAGAAAGUUAUGUUCCUGUGAAGGUAUAAGAUGACUAUUAGCUUGACAUAGUAAAGAUGGGUCUUUCUUUCUUCCCUCUUACCAUAGAAAACUAUACAUUUUAAAUACUCCAAUCACUUGCUUUUCCCUUUGUUUAUAUUUCAUUUAUUUUAGUCUAUUCAUUUAUUAUCAUAGAUCUUAUUUGUAUUUCAUUAUAUUUCCUUCAUUUUCAAAAUAAAAUGAUGAAGAGAA